AUGUUACCUAUUUUCUUCUCUGCAUUUAUCCUGUCUGCUUGGUGCUUCACCAAAGGAAACUGCAUCUCCUAUGAUGAGCUGAAAGAGCUGAAGACUGAAUUUGCCAUCAGUCUCUACCAGCAUGUAUCCAAAGCAGAGAACAGAACCAACCUAGUAGUCUCUCCAGCAAGUGUGGCUGUUUCUUUGGAGCUGCUGCAGUUUGGAGCUCAAGGAAAUACCUUUACAGAGCUGCAGGAUGCCCUAGGAUACAACAUUCAUGAUCAAAAUGUGCAGGAUUUCUUGCACACGGUGUACGAAGGAGCAACCGACUCCAGACAAGGCAUGGUGGUUCAGCUAGCAUGUUCCUUCUUUGUGGAUGCCAGUGUGCAGCUUUCGCCCAUCUUCACUGCACAUGCUGUGCGCUGGGCAAACAGCAGCCUGCAGCAAACCAACUUCACUGACCUCAACAGAACCGCAGCCCAAAUGCACGAAUGGAUCACCAGUAGCCUUGGAGAUGGGGAGAUGCGUGGCAUGCCGUUGGAAAGCGCUGCGUCACCCCUCAGCCAGGUCACCCUGGUGAGCACCAUGUACUUCAAAAGCACAUGGCAAAAUAAGUUUUCCUUUAUGGAUACCCAGAUGUUGCCUUUUACCACGGCGGAGGGCUCAACCCUGAAAGUGCCCACAAUGCAUCACACAGCCGAAGUUAACUACGGCCAGUUCCAGACUGCAGAUCUGGAGGGUUUCAGCAUGGUCGAAUUACCCUACCUGGGAGAGAAACUCAGCAUGUUCCUAGUGCUUCCCAGCCACAAAAGAACAUCUUUGUCCCAGAUUGAGUCUCACCUUUCUGCCAAAACCAUAACCCUCUGGGCCAACAGCUUAAAGAGAACAAAGAUGGACAUUUUUCUGCCUAGGUUCAGUAUUCAAAGCCUUUUUGACCUAAAGACAGUUUUUUCUGCCUUGGGAAUUAGAUACGCAUUUGAUCCCAUCACUGCUAAUUUUAAAGGCAUUUCAG